AUGGGUGUCCAGCAGAACAAGGCCCCGCCGAACGGGUCGGCGUGUUUCCGCACAGUACGAAGCGUUGUUGGCGCGCGAGCUCUGCAAUGGAGAGGCGCAGCAGUCAGCAGCAGCGGCACCAACAUCUCCGAGGCCUCAAACCUUCAAACCUUUGCCACCGGGCAACUAGGUUUAUCCUCAAGCAUGGGUAAGGGAAAGCCGGCGGGCAUCCGCGCGGGGCGCAAGCUCCGCAUCCACCGCCGUAACGAGCGGUGGGCGAGCAAGGACUACAACAAGUCCCACUCGGUGACCGCGAUGAAGGCCAACCCCCUCGGUGGUUCUUCCAUGGCCAAGGGCAUCGUGUUGGAGAAGAUCGGUAUCGAGGCCAAGCAGCCUAACUCUGCCAUCAGGAAGUGCGUGCGCGUGCAGCUCAUCAAGAACGGAAAGAAGCUGGCGGCCUUCGUGCCGCGCGACGGUUGCCUCAACUUCACGGACGAGAACGACGAGGUGCUCAUUUCCGGAUUCGGUCGCCGCGGUCACGCCGUGGGUGACAUCCCCGGUGUCCGGUUCAAGGUGGUCAAGGUGGCCGGUGUCGCGCUGCUGGCCCUCUACAAGGACAAGAAGGAGAAGCCGCGGUCCUAAGAGCGUUCUCGAGAUUGGACCCAGGCCGCGCUCUCUCUCUCGAGCUCGUUACCGCGUCUCGGAGGGAGGGCGUUACGCGGAUUCAUGAUUGCAAACAUGUCGCCAUGUAGUGCCAUGUUUUUCCCUGGCGAUACGGAGGAUUAGCUCUUUUGAUGGAGAGCUGGUUCUUUUCCAUCUGCUGUGUCCCGCGUUCUUGAAAUGAAAUACGCUGCUGCUGCUUUGCUCCGAGGUGCGUUGCCGAACUGGAUGGGAAAAAUCCCGGAAAUGUCUCCAUUGCUGCUGCGAAGAUGAAGAUAUUUUUGCCGUCUUUUUUCAAAAAACAUUCUCGUGCGUGGGUGCCGCUUGGUGAAAGCCCAACACACACCGCGAACAGACGA